AUGGCAGCGAUAGCUCAUGGCCAGUACCCUCAGCGACGGCCCAAUGGGCUGUGGCGUGGGUCCUCAGCCAUGAUCAUGGGCCUCACGGGCACUCUAUCCCAGGGUUUUCUCAACGGCCUCAAUGAUGUCCAAACCACCGGGCUGGACAAUUUUGUCAAAAUACUGGAGAGCCGUGAGGACCCCUUCCAGAGGCAAAGAGGUCUCAUCACAGUCAGCAACCACAUCUCAGUAAUCGACGACCCAGUAAUAUGGGGCGUCCUCCCCCUCCGGAUGGCAUUCCAGCCCUGGAACCUCCGCUGGAGUCUCGGCGCCCACGACAUCUGCUUCUCCAACAAGCUGCUGAGUACCUUCUUCACCCUCGGCCAGGUCCUCCCCACCCACCGUACCCUUCACUCCCAGCACGCCGGCCUGUUCCAGCCCACCAUGACACAGGCCGUCCGACUGUUGUCCGCAUACCCCUUCAAGACCACCGGCGAGCACACAGUCCUUGCGCCCGAGCAGCCAAAGACCGUCACCAGGGAGUCACUACUGCAGGACCUGCGCGACCCAUUCUCCGAGGGCAGCCUCACUUUCAGCACCAACGGCCGCGACGUGCACACCGCGCCGUCGGCCUUCCUGUCCAAUCGCCACGCCUGGGUGCAUAUCUUCCCCGAAGGCCUGGUGCACCAGCACGCACAGAGGCAGAUGCGCUACUUCAAGUGGGGCGUCGCCCGCCUCAUCCUCGAGGCUGAACCCAUGCCCGACAUGGUGCCCAUGUUCAUUGACGGCACCUCCGACAUCAUGAACGAGAAUAGGACCUGGCCCAGGCCCCUCCCGCGCCCGUGGAAGAAGGUUCACGUAGCCUUCGGCGACAAGGUGGACAUGGAGGCCACGUUCGGCGACCUGAGGAGGCGGUGGAAGGCGCUGGUUAAGAAGUCGAUGGACGUCCGGGAAGCAGAGAUCGCCGCCGCCGACAGACAGAUCGAGGCCGCCGCGGGGCCCGCCAAGACGACGACAGCGUCGCCCGACUCGGGAAGGACGGGAAUCGUCGCCGCAACGACGAAGAGGCCGCCGCCCGACGUGCGGCGGCCCGACGUCCUCCGCGUGGGCGAGCUCCCUGACGAGCUCAAGCGCAGCAGGGAGGCGGAGCAGAUCCGGGCCGAGGUGGCGCUGCGCGUGCGCAACGAGGUGUUGAAGCUGCGCAAGAGCCUGGGCUACCCGGACGAGGACCCGGCGUGGAAGCUCGGGCUGGCUGAGACGUGGGCCAGGGACCCCCAAGACACGAAGAAGAGCCCUGUGGACGGGAGUGCUGAGAAGCCUAGCACGUAG